AUGGAGUUGCCCAGAAAACGGGCGCCCAGGCGAAGAGAUGACCGUGUUAUACUCCACUUUGACUAUGACUGCUUCUACGCCUCAGUUUGUGAGAACCGAGACCCCCGGCUAAAGGCGCUGCCUUUGGGCGUGAAGCAGAAGAACAUCUUGGCCACGUGCAAUUACGUCGCUCGCAAGCAAGGGGUCAAGAAGCUCAUGCUCAUCACGGAAGCUAAACGGCUCUGCCCGAAUCUCGUCAUCAUCGAGGGAGAGGAUCUGACGCCGUUUCGAGAUGCGAGUAAAAAGCUCUUUGCGUUCAUGAGGGGCUACUCGUGGAAUCGCAAGGCGGAGAGGUUGGGGUUCGAUGAGAUUUUCAUGGACGUCACAGACAUCAUCGACUACAACAUGUUCUGCCUCAACCGGGCCUCGCUGUCAGAGUCAUUCUUCCACCUUUCGAAGAAGGAUCCCGAAAAGGGGUUUCCAUGUGAUUUGACCAAAGUUGCGGGCUGCGUAUAUGGGAACAUCCCCGACAUAAGAGAUAUCAACAACUCCGCCUACGUGCGCCUGCUUCUGGCGAGCCACCUUGCCUUUCACCUCCGUAUGAAGCUUGAGGAGGACUUUGGCUUCACGGCUUCGGUUGGUAUAUCAACAAAUAAGCUCCUUAGCAAGCUCGUGGGGAGCGUGAAUAAGCCGCGUAACCAAACGACGCUGAUGUCAUUUGACGAUGCUGUGGUCACCGAGUUCAUGGAUGCGCACUCCGUUCGAAAAGUUCCCGGUAUCGGCUCCAAGACGUCGCGCGCGCUGGAGGAAAAGUACCUCGCGACGCCCCUGGGACCCGACGAUGCUGACAGGGAGACAUCACCACUCAAAGUCUACGAUGUGCGUACACACGAGCAGACUUCGCCCGACGCACUGGAGAAGCUUCUCGGCGGCCCUGGUUCCGAACGGGGCGUCGGCGAGAGGGUGUGGGGUCUCCUACAUGGGGUCGACGACACUGAUGUAAAGGACGCGAGCGAUGUGCCGUCACAGAUUAGUAUCGAGGACACGUACAAAGGGUUGGAGAGCAUGAGUCAGAUUGAAGGCGAGCUACGGAAGAUAUCUGCUUCUCUCAUCCGGCGUAUGCGGACGGAUCUCCUAGCCGACGACAACAGCAACGACUCGAUCGAGCCGGGCAGUCAGAGAUGGAUUGCGCACCCCAAGACAUUGAGACUUUCCAUUCGGCAAUGGCCUUCUUCUGAUCCUCCACCGGGGACGCCAUGGUAUUCACACCCGGAUUUCCAACGUAUUUCCCGAUCCCAGCCUAUUCCUAACUUUAUCUUUAACACGAAGGAGACACCCGAUGCCUUGGCGGAGCGACUGACGACGGAGAUCUUGCUUCCCACGAUGAAGAAGUUCUUUCUGGCUGGUCAUAAGUGGAAUCUGCAGCUUCUGAAUGUCUGCGUUGCGAAUUUGGCCGCUAGUGGUAGUGAGGCCGGACCAGGUGUCGGACGAGAUAUCUCUGUCAUGUUCCGCAAGCAGGAUGACGUUCUCCGACAGUGGAAGAUUGAUACGACCAUUGUGGAAGACGACGAUGAUGAUGGUAUCGGUGGUGGUGGUGAUGCUCAACGCCAGUCGAUCUCAGAUGACGAGGAUGAGGAAAUUGAGGUGGAAGAGUUUGGUGAAGACGACGGAUCAUGGGAAGGCGAUGAAGUUACGGCACGGUGUCCAUUGUGCGGCCACUCCAUCCCGCCAUUUGCACUCGCCGCUCAUGCGAGGUUCCACGACUUUGAGGACUGA